AUGAUCUCAGAAAGGGAUUCAGAGACCACCUUCGAGGAGGAUUCCCAGCCCAACGAUGAGGUGGUGCCGUACAGCGACGACGAAACGGAGGACGAGCUGGACAGUCGGCAGCCUAGGGCUGAACUGGGACCCAACCAAACCAGCAGGGACCCGGAGGAGAGCAGAGAGCCUGGCAAAAAAGACUGCAGCUGGCAAGUUAAAGCGAACGACCAGCGUUUCUAUGAUCAGCCGGGCUUCAAGAGAACAAUCUUCCUGUGCUUCAAGAAAAGCAAAUAUGCGGGAAAUGCAAUUAAGACGUACAAGUACAACCCCAUCACUUUUCUACCUCUGAAUCUGUUUGAGCAGUUCAAGAGAGCAGCCAACUUCUAUUUUCUUGUUCUUCUCAUAUUGCAGUCGAUUCCUCAAAUAAGUACCCUGUCAUGGUACACAACUCUGGUGCCCUUGCUCUUGGUGCUGGGAAUAACUGCAGUCAAAGACCUGGUGGAUGACAUUGCUCGUCACAGGAUGGACAACGAGGUCAAUAACAGGACAUGUGAUGUCAUCAAGGAUGGAAGGUUCAAAGCCACUAAAUGGAAAGAUGUUAAAGUUGGUGAUGUCGUUCGUCUGAAGAAAAAUACUUUUGUUCCUGCUGAUAUUUUGCUGCUGUCCAGCUCAGAACCAAACAGUCUGUGCUAUGUGGAGACAGCUGAACUGGAUGGUGAGACUAACUUAAAAUUCAAAAUGGCCCUAGAGGUGACACACAGACACCUUCAGGAAGAAAGUGCCCUGGCAGACUUUGAUGGUCUGGUUGAAUGUGAAGAACCCAAUAACCGACUGGAUAAGUUUACAGGAACAUUAUCCUGGAGAAACUCAAUUUAUCCUCUGGAUGCUGAUAAGAUUUUGUUGCGUGGCUGUAAGAUCAGGAACACGGACUUCUGCCAUGGAAUGGUCAUAUUUGCAGGUGCUGACACAAAAAUAAUGAAAAAUAGUGGAAAGACAAGAUUUAAAAGGACAAAAAUUGACUCCCUUAUGAACUACAUGGUUUAUACUAUCAUCGUGGUCCUUAUCCUGCUGUCAGCUGGGCUGGCCAUCGGUCACACCUACUGGGAGCAGCAGAUUGGCAACUCCUCCUGGUACCUGUACGAUGCUCAGGACUCCAGCCCUGCCUACCGGGGCUUCCUCACCUUCUGGGGAUACAUCAUUGUCCUCAACACCAUGGUGCCCAUCUCCCUCUACGUGAGUGUGGAAGUGAUUCGCUUUGGCCAAAGCUAUUUCAUCAACUGGGACCUGCAGAUGUACUACCCCGAGAAGGACACGCCUGCCAAGGCCAGGACCACCACGCUGAACGAGCAGCUGGGCCAGAUCCAGUACAUCUUCUCUGACAAGACUGGAACCCUCACUCAGAACAUCAUGACCUUUAAAAAGUGUUGCAUAAAUGGGCAAAGAUACGGGGACUGCCGGGACGCAGCAGGGCAGCUCCAGAGCCACGCAGAGCAAGUUGAUUUCAGCUGGAAUGUGUACGCAGAUGGAAAGUUCUUAUUCUAUGAUCACCAUCUGAUAGAGCAAAUAAAGGCUGGAAAGGAGCCAGAAAUCCAGAAGUUCUUUUUUCUGCUUGCUAUUUGUCACACAGUCAUGGCUGACACUUCUGAUGGUCAGCUCCACUACCAGGCAGCCUCCCCGGAUGAGGGGGCGCUGGUGACGGCCGCGCGCAACUUCGGGUACGUGUUCCUGUCCCGAACGCAGAACACCAUCACCAUCAGCGAGAUGGGCGUCCAGAGGACCUACGAUGUCCUGGCCAUCCUGGAUUUCAACAGUGACAGGAAGAGGAUGUCUGUCAUUGUAAGAGAGUCCGGUGGCAAUAUCAGGCUGUAUUGCAAAGGGGCUGAUACGGUGAUCUAUGAGCGGCUGCACCCCAGGAACGUCAAGAGAGAAGCCACAGAAGAGGCCCUUGAUGUCUUUGCAAAUGAAACUCUCAGGACGCUCUGCCUGUGCUACAGAGACAUAAGCCAGGAUGAAUUUGAAGUGUGGAAUAAAAAGUUUCUGGAGGCCAGUUUAGCUACAAGUCACCGGGAUGAAGCUCUGGACAAAGUGUAUGAGGAAAUAGAAAAAAACUUGAUUCUGCUUGGUGCAACAGCUAUUGAAGACAAACUACAGGAUGGAGUUCCAGAAACUAUCUCCAGGCUCUCCAAGGCAGACAUUAAAAUCUGGGUGCUUACUGGUGACAAAAAAGAAACUGCUGAAAAUAUUGGAUUUUCUUGUGAACUCCUAACAGAGGAAACAGCCAUCUGCUAUGGAGAAGAUACCAGUGCUCUCCUUCAAACGAGGCUGGAAAACCAGAGGAACAGGGCUGGAUCCAGUCCACAUUCCUCUCUCAGAAUGAACGAGCCGUUCUUCCAGGGCAGCAGAGACCGGGCUCUGAUCAUCACUGGUUCCUGGCUGAAUGAAAUCCUGCUGGAGAAGAAGAAGAAGAAAAAGAAACUUAAACUGAAAUUCCCCAGAACGGCAGAAGAGAAGAAAAAACAAGCUGAGAAAAGGAGAAGGGCAGAGGCCUACAAGGAGCAGCAGCAGAAGAACUUUGUUGAUCUGGCCUGCGAGUGCCGGGCUGUGAUCUGCUGCCGUGUGACACCCAAGCAGAAGGCCAUGGUGGUGGAGCUGGUGAAGAAGUACAAGAAGGCCAUCACCCUGGCCAUCGGGGACGGGGCCAAUGAUGUGAACAUGAUCAAAACUGCCCACAUUGGAGUUGGGAUCAGUGGCCAGGAGGGCAUGCAGGCUGUCAUGUCGAGUGACUACUCCUUCGGACAGUUCCGCUACCUCCAGCGGCUGCUGCUGGUCCACGGGCGCUGGUCCUACAUCAGGAUGUGCAAGUUCCUGAGAUACUUCUUCUACAAAAACUUCGCUUUCACGCUGGUCCACAUCUGGUACUCGUUCUUCAAUGGCUUCUCUGCCCAGACAGCUUACGAGGACUGGUUCAUCACACUGUACAACGUGCUGUAUUCCAGCCUCCCGGUCCUGCUCGUCGGCUUGCUCGACCAGGAUGUGAGCGACAAACUGAGCCUUCGGUUCCCCAGACUUUAUAUUUUGGGUCAGAGAGAUUUACUUUUCAACUACAAGAAGUUCUUUAUAAGUUUGCUCCAUGGAGCUGUAACUUCACUGAUCAUCUUCUUCAUCCCGUACGGAGCCUACCUUAUAUCCAUGGGACAAGACGGAGAAGCCCCUGCAGAUUAUCAGUCCUUUGCUGUCACAGCAGCAUCCUCUCUGAUAUUUGUGGUCAAUUUUCAGAUUGGCCUGGAUACAUCAUACUGGACUUUUGUUAAUGCUUUUUCAGUAUUUGGGAGUAUUGCAAUUUACUUUGGGAUCACGUUUGACUUUCACAGUGCCGGAAUCCAUGUUCUCUUCCCUUCUGGCUUUCAGUUCACAGGAACUGCUCCGAAUGCUCUGCGGCAGCCAUACCUUUGGCUUACCAUGAUUUUAACCAUUGCCAUUUGCUUACUGCCCGUAGUGGCACAGCGCUUUCUAUCCAUGACAAUCUGGCCUUCAGAGAGCGAUAAAAUCCAGAGGAACCGUCGGAAGUACCUGCUGGAGGAGCAGCAGUGGAAGCGCCGGCAGAGCGCGUUCCGCCGCGGCGUGUCCGCCCGCCGCUCCGCCUACGCCUUCUCGCACCAGCGCGGCUACGCCGACCUGAUCGCCUCGGGGCGCAGCAUCCGCAAGCGGCGCGCCCCGCUGGACGCCGUGCUGGCCGGGCCGGGCUCCGGGGACACGCGCGACACCAGCUGA